AUGGCGCCUUAUAUGGAAUCUCUCACAGAUCUACCUGUAAGUGGAAUAACUUACCAGAGCUACAAGAUCAAGACUGACGUGCUGUUCGACUCCAAGGCGGAUGGCCAACCCAUACUGCCGGCCAGCGAUGCUCUCAAAGCAGAACCCAUUGCCGUGUGCGGCAUGGCACUGAGGCUCCCUGGGGGGAUCUCAACGCCAGAGCAGUUCUGGCAGUUUCUCGUCGACAAGAAAGAUGCACGUGGUCUGAUACCUCAAACAAGGUUCAAUGCAUCCAGCUACUACUCCGAAGCCGCCAAGCCCGGCCACAUCAAGACGCAGUACGGCUACUUCCUCGACGAAUCCGUCGAUCUCGCGGCCCUCGACACGACCUUCUUCAGGAUGCCCAAGAGCGAGGUGGAACGCGCCGACCCACAGCAGCGGUUGCUCCUGGAGCUGACCCGGGAGUGUCUGGAGAGCGCUGGCGAGACGGCCUACCGCGGCAAGACCAUCGGGACCUUUGUAGGAUGUUUCGGCGAGGACUGGCUCGAGACCUUGACCAAAGACAGCGAGGUUGUCGGGCAGUACAAAAUCACCGGGUACGGCGAUUUCAUGCUCUCCAACCGGCUGGCCUACGAGUACGAUCUCAAAGGCCCUAGUAUGACCAUCAGAACAGGCUGUUCAUCGGCGUUGAUCGGUCUCCACGAGGCGUGCAUGUCGAUUCACCAUGGACAAUGCAAUGCCGCCCUGGUUGCUGGCUCCAACCUCAUCAUGGCACCCGGCCUCUACGUCAGCAUGUCCGAGCAGGGCGUUCUCUCCCCGAACGGCUCUUGCCGAACCUUCGACGCGGGCGCCGAUGGGUAUGCCCGCGGCGAGGCUGUCAACGUCGUCUACGUCAAGCGCCUGAGCGACGCUCUCCGGGACGGAAACCCCAUCCGUGCUGUCAUCAGGGGUACCUCGAGCAAUGCGGACGGCAGGACCCCGAGUCUAACGAUCCCGAGCUUCGAGAGCCACGAGGCCAUGAUCCGUCAGGCCUACAGGAUGGCUGCCAUCAGUGAACAGCACAUUGCCGAUACUGGCUUCGUGGAAUGCCAUGGGACGGGCACCGCCGCUGGCGAUCCCAUCGAGACCACGGCCAUUUCGAAAGUCUUUGGGGAUGCGGGGGUAUACAUCGGCUCAUGCAAGCCCAACAUCGGCCAUUCAGAAGGUGCUUCGGGCAUCACGUCGCUCAUCAAGUCGAUCCUGGCUCUGGAGCAUCGGACGAUCCCGCCAAAUAUCAAGUUCGAUACCCCUAAUCCCAAUAUCCCUUUCGAGAAGAACAAUCUUAAAGUGCCCGUUACGCCAACUCCCUGGCCGCAGGACCGGUCUGAGAGAGUCUCGGUAAAUUCUUUCGGGAUCGGUGGCGCAAAUGCGCAUGUCGUAGUCGAGUCAGCAGCUAGCUUCCUCGGCCAUCUCCCGAGACUGUCCGUCGCAGAGCACUCGGCAGUGCCUGUUGGAAAGGCGCAUCUCAUGGUUUACUCUGCUAACACGGCCGACUCUCUGAGACGUCAAGUCGUUAAUAAUCAGAGGUACAUCAGCCAGCACCCGGAUUCCCUCGAUGAUGUUAGCUAUACGUUGGGAGCCCGACGGAGUCACUUACCACAUCGGGCGUUUUCGGUGAUGCAGGACGGAGCCGACCUCAACACAUCACCAUUGGGUAAAACACCCAAUAGUCCAGCCGAUCUCGCGUUGGUAUUCACUGGACAAGGUGCACAAUGGCCCCAGAUGGGAGCCGAGUUGCUCAAGACCAACCGGGUGUUUGCCCAGUCCAUGCGGAAGAUGGACAAGAUCUUGAGCACGCUUCCCGACGGGCCGUCUUGGACGAUAGUUGAAGAGCUCCUCAAGCCUGCGGAGACGAGCGGCCUGCACGAGGCGUACCUGUCCCAGCCGGUAUGCACCGCGAUGCAGAUUGCCCUGGUGGAUGCACUCAGAGAAACGGCCGGCAUCAAUCCUUUCGGCGUCGUCGGCCACUCCUCUGGCGAGAUGGCUGCUGCUUACAUCGCCGGAAGGCUUACGGCCAACGAGGCCAUCGUGGCUGCAUACUAUCGCGGGGUCGUUUCUUCGGAGGUAGCCCAGUCCGGUGCCAUGGCUGCGAUCGGCAUGGGAAGAGCCGAGACCCUGCCGUUCCUGAAGCCCGGCGUGGGCGUUGCCUGCGAGAAUUCUCCUUCGAGCGUGACGAUAUCCGGCGAUUCGGACCUCGUCGAAGAAGUUCUCUCGCAGAUUCGAAAGGCGAAACCGGAUGUCCUGGCCCGCCGGCUCAAGGUCGAGAAGGCUUACCAUUCCCAUCACAUGCGAGAAGUGGGAAGUCGCUACCUUUCUUUGACGUCCCCCUACAUUGAUAGCUCCAAAUCUCUUGACCCUGCCGGCCCAUAUCUAUUCUCCUCGGUGACCGGCAGUAGACUAUCGCAAGAGAUACCCACAGACGCUGAGUACUGGAAGGAGAACCUCGAGUCGCCAGUACUGUUCGACGCUGCAGUGACCGCUUUGAUCGCAGAGCACAAGAGUCAGACUAGCUACCCACUAGUGUUCCUUGAAGUUGGGCCACACUCGGCGUUGGCCGGACCGCUGCGACAAAUUCUCGCGCAAGAGGGCAUCAACUUGUCGUACGCUUCUUGUCUCGUCCGAUCCAAGAACUCGACCGAGUCUUUCCUGACAGCAAUCGGUCAACUCUGGCAGCAAGGCGUCGACAUUGACUUUGAACGUCUCAUAAACCCCAACGGCACCGCCCGUGUGGUUCCCGACCUGCCGGCGUACUCCUGGCAGCAUGACCACUCCCUCCUGUUCUCGAGCCGCAUCUCGGACGCGUGGCGGUUCCGCAAGUUUGCCAAGCACGAGGUGCUCGGCGUUCGUGUCGCAGAGAGCAGCGAAAACGAGCCUGUGUUCCGGAACGUGCUGGCGCUGGACCACGUCCCGUGGAUCCGCGACCACAACAUCAAGGGCGACGUCAUCUUCCCCUGCGCAGGAUAUGUCGGUAUGGUGGGCGAGGCCGCGAGACAGCUCUGCGGCGGCGGCACUUUUGCCGGGUUCGCGAUGCGGAACGUCGUCAUCGACAUGGCGAUGGUCCUCGUUGAGAACAAAUCCGCGGAGAUCAUCACGAGUCUUCGGCGGGAGCGGCUGACGGACAGCCUCGACAGCCAUUGGUGGGACUUUACAAUCACCUCCCAUAACGGCUCAGCGUGGUCAAAGCAUUGUAGUGGACAGGUUCGGCCUCUGGAAAGCAACGACCGCAGCCCGAGAGAAGUCAAGCCUGAGCUGCCUCGGAUGGUUGGCUCCGAAAAGUGGUAUCAGGCCCUUCGCAACGUCGGCGCCAACUACGGCCCAUACUUUCAGGGACUGGCGAACGUGACCUGUUCUCCUACCGAACAUCAAUCCAGCGGCACGGCAACGCAUACUGUCCAAGACGGCUCCUACUAUCCAGUUCACCCGACAAAGUUUGACUUCUUCCUUCAGCUCUUCAGCGUCGCCGCUAUGAAGGGCGUUGGGCAUCGGCUCGACAAGAUGAACGUUCCGACUUUCAUCGAGGAGCUAGAGAUCUACGAUUGUGACUCUCAGAUACAGAUGGAGGUUCGGGCUACCCAAACGCCCCGUGGCCUACUAUGUGGAGGCGGAGAGGGGUUUGCUGACGGUGGCUCGGUCGCCUUCAUCGUCAAGGGAGUGAAGCUGAGUCCUCUCGAGAAUGACGUCUCUGAAGAGGAUGCGGAUCCUCAUGCUGGCGCACGGGUUUUCUGGCAGCCUGCUGUCGACUUUUCGAAAAUGUCGGAUUUCAUCAAGCCGCAUCCAGAACAGGGAAGCCUCAAGCUCGCUCAUGAACUUACUUUGUCCUGCAUCAAGAAAGCUGUGCAGAGCUUGGCAGGGGUCGAAACUGCGCAUCCGCAUCUUGCAAAAUUCCACGAUUGGCUGAGGGGGCAACAGAUUCCGACCGGCAUCACCGAUACCGACUCGGCUUUUGCAGACGCAAGUCAGAUGGGACCGUUCUCGUCGUUCGUCGUCGCCUUGAAGAUCGUGCUCGACAACCUCUUGCCGCUCUUCAGGGGGGAGGUUGAGCCCCUCGAGGUGCUCAUGCCGAACGAUGUUCUGACCGAAGUGUACAACUCGUUGAACAUCACCGACAGGGAGCCACUGUUCCGGGCCCUUGGUCAUUCCAAGCCCAACCUGCGGGUCCUGGAGAUUGGGGCGGGAACAGGAGGCACCACUAACAAGAUCUUGGGCUGGUUACGUGGCCCGACAGGCGCGUCAUUGUACUCGGAAUACACUUACACGGACAUCUCGGCGGGUUUCUUCUCCGCGGCAAAGGAGCGCUUCCAGGGCAACCCCAACAUGUCUUUCAAGGCGCUUGAUAUCUCCAAGGACCCCAUCGAUCAGGGGUUCGAGGCCGGGUCAUACGAUCUUGUUGUGGCCGCCAACGUUCUCCACGCCACCCCAAGCCUGAAAGAGACGCUCACGAACGUCCGUACACUAUUACACCCAGAUGGGAGGCUCUACAUGGAAGAGCUGUCUUACAAUGCUCUCCCGCUGAACUUCAUCAUGGGCGUGCUACCUGGGUGGUGGCUGGGGGCAGAUGACGGUAGGCCAGACCAGCCGCACAUCUCACUCGAGCGAUGGGAGGUCGAACUCAGUAAUGCUGGCUUCGAUGGCCUCGAAGAUGCGGCAUUUGAUUCUGAGCAGCCGACCAACCUGCUCGCGUUCAUGACAGCCAGGCCUUCCAGGGGAAUUCUUCCUCCGAGAAGCAUCACCAUCCUCCACAACGCGGAGUCUUUGAAUGUUGCGAGGGAGGUCCAGGAGGCCCUAUAUCAAGCUGAGAUGAAAGCUGUAACCCUGCACGAUAUCUCGGAGGGUGUACCCCCCGCAAUGGAGGAAGUUGUUUCGGUCGUUGACCUGCAGGCUCCGUUCUUUGAGAACAUCAGUGCGGAUACCUUUGACGUCUUCCGCUCUCUCGUCAUCGAAGCCUCGAAACAGCAAGCCGGGAUCUUCUGGAUCACCAGGUCGUCACAGGUCGGCUGCGCGGACCCAAGAUGGGCGGAAACUAUCGGCGCAGCACGAUCUAUCCGGAGCGAACUAAGUCUCGAUUUCGCGACCUGCGAGCUGGAGCAGGUAAACGAUGCCUCGAUCCGUGAGAUGACGGCCGUUCUCAAGCAAUUCCAACAGAGACACCACGUUGGUUCCUCGACUCCCGAGUAUGAGUACAGCAUUGUUGACGGAACCGUGAAUAUUUCGCGACUGUACCCCGUCAGUGUCAACGACGAGUUGCGUGCCAAAGCCCCGGGCACGAAGAAGGUUGACCAUGGUCUACAAAUUGGCAGAUACGGCCGCUUGAGCACACUUCACUGGGCCCCGAGGAAGCCAAAGGUUCUGCAGGGCGACGAGGUGGUUGUGGAAGCGAAAGCAGUCGGCAUGAACUUCAGAGACGUCUUGGUCGCCAUGGGUAUUGUCGACUCUAACACGAGCAGUCCCGGCCUCGAAGCCGCUGGGAUUAUCCGUCAGACCGGGCCGGAUACCAAUGAGCUUGCUGAAGGGGAUAGGGUCUUUGUUUUCGGGGGCGGUUGCUUCUCCACCGGCAUCGUCAUAUCUGAAAAGCUCUGCGUGAAGAUCCCAGACGCCCUGAGCUUCGAAGACGCUGCGACCAUGCCCUGUGUCUUCGCCACAGUUAUCCACGGCCUGCUUGACAUAGCCAGGCUUUCAAAGGGCGACUCGGUCCUCAUCCACUCGGCCUGCGGAGGAGUCGGUCUCGCCGCGAUCCAGAUCUGCAAAAUGGCCGGUGCUGAGAUAUACUGCACCGUUGGCAGCGACGAGAAGGUCCAGCAUCUUGAGGAGUUCUGCGGCAUCCACAGAGACCGCAUCUUCAACUCCCGCGACGCGUCGUUCCUCCCGGAUGUCCUCGAGGCGACGGAGGGCAGAGGUGUUGACAUCGUGCUCAACUCACUGAGCGGGGACCUACUCCAUGCAUCAUGGAACUGCGUGGCCGAGUUCGGCAAGAUGAUUGAGAUUGGAAAGCGGGACCUCAUCGGUAACGGAAAGCUUGCCUUGAACGUGUUUGUGCUAAACCGGAGCUACCACGGCGUGGACCUUGGUCACCUCAUCGAGGUUAAACCCCAAGAAGGAAACAGGCUGUUGAAGCGGGUUGUGGAAUUGUAUGAAAAGGGACACAUCGGCCCUGUUUCUCCGAUAAAGGUCUUCGGCGCAGUUGCCGUUGAAGAAUGUUUUCGAUACAUGCAAAAAGGGCAGCAUAUCGGGAAGAUUGUCAUGUCCAUGGACGGUCUUUUGCAUGACACUCAGAGCAGCUCUUCUCCGGCUUUCAAGCCGUCAUUCGACAGCGAUGCUAGCUACAUGCUGGUGGGAGGACUCGGUGGCCUGGGCCGUCUCGUUUCCAACUGGAUGGCGGAGAACGGGGCACGGCAUCUGGUAUACCUCUCGCGCAGCUGUGGGGACACGCGAAAGAAGGGCAGGUUCUUGGACGAAUUGGAGGCCCAGGGUUGCUCCGUAGUCACGGUGGGGGGAAGCGUCAGUUCACUCGCCGACGUCGAGAGGGCAAUCGGCGCCGCGACGAGGCCCAUCCGCGGCGUCAUCAACAUGUCGAUGGUCCUCCGCGACCAGAGCAUCUCGAAGAUGACGCAUGAAGAGUGGACGGCGGCGGUGACCCCAAAGGUGCAGGGGACAUGGAACCUGCACAACGCGUGCCGCAACGUCGGACUGGACCUAGACUUCUUCCUUCUCUUCAGUUCCAUCUCGGGCGUUGUCGGGCAGAGAGGCCAGGCCAACUACGCCGCAGCCAACACGUUCCUGGAUGCGUUUGUCCAGUACCGGCAGUCGCUGGGUAUGAAGGCCAGCGUCGUUGACAUCGGCGCCAUGACGGACUACGGGUACCUUGCCGACAACCCGCUGUUGAUGGAGAGACUGGCGGGGCAGGGGUAUUUCGGCAUCAAGAUCCCCCAGCUGCUCGACGCACUGGCUCUUGUCAUCAAGCCUCGUGCUCUCGAAGGCGAAGAGUCCACCCGGCCAGCGUUUGUCAACGAUAAGCAGCUCGUGCUCGGCCAUCGGAGCCUGACGCCUCUGAGCGACGCCGCAAAUAGAGUCAUCUGGAAAGAGGACCGUCGGAUGGCGUUUUACUUCAAUUGCGACGGCGACAAGAAGACUGCCAGCACAAACGAUUCGUCCGACCGGGGUGUUUUGGCAUCGUUUCUGAAAUCCGCCGGUACAGACCCCGGGGUUCUCUCAUUGGCCGAUUCCGUGGCGUUCGUGGCGCGUCAGAUUGCCGCGCAGCUUUUCCGCCUCUUGUUGAAGCCUGCGGAAAACGAACAAGACAUCGACGUGAGCAUGUCGCUGCAAGAUGCCGGGCUCGACAGUCUGGUCGCGGUGGAGAUGCGCAGCUGGUGGAAGGGCACGUUCGGGUUCGACAUCAGCGUUCUCGAAAUGCUGGGCAUGGGAAGCGUGGCGGCCCUCGGUGAGAGAGCCGUGAGGGGGCUGAAGGAGAGCAUGGGGGAAGCCGGUGAGGUCCGAGACGAGGGCGGAGAGAAGCACGACACGGAGGGGUACCUCAAGUUGAAGAUGCCGUGA